CCCGACUCGACCCGAGCCCUCGGCCGGAGCUCCUAGUUCCGGCGGAAGGCAGCGGCGGGUCCGUGCCGCGGCGUGGGUGCCACCGCAGGGAUGGUGCAGGACACGCGGGGACGGCUGGUGGCGGAGUUGCUGCUGCGGGCGGGGCCGGCCCGCACCAUCCUCUGCCUCUGCUCCCGCGCCUUCGUCGAAGAUCGAAAAUUAUAUAAACUGGGAUUAAAAGGCUUCUAUGUCAAAGAUGACAAUGACAGUACAGGGGAGGAACAAGCGUCCGAGGAGGAGAACCGUUGUCCCAAUGUGACAUUAAAGGAGGAUACUAAUCAUGCUCUUGAUCUGGAAGAGGUUGAACUAGACUCGGAGGCCGAGCUUAUGAAGAGUAUGGGAUUGCCUCUUCACUUUGGUGGGCAGUCAGCCCACAGGGACUUUGCGGCAACAGAAAAUUAUAGAAAAAGGGGUAACAUGAAGAUUAUUAAAAAGAAAAAGAAGAAGAAAAAAGAGUUACAGCAAAAACAUGAGGAUAAAAUGGUGCAGAACUGCAAGAAUCAAACUUGUGGUGGUCAUAUCGAGUCCAUUUCUGGUGAGCUGGCCCUAGCUACAGAGCAAUGUGAGAACAGCAGCAAACCUCAGGAUGUAAGUAAAGGGAACGGUGAAAGUUCAGAAAGUCUUGCAAAUGAGGCUUUAUCCAGCAAACUUAAAGAAAAAUGGGAGAAGUACUGGAGUGAGUACGGAGAGGGCCUUCUUUGGCAAAGUUGGCUGGAGAAGCAUCAAGAGGUCUCAUCGUCUGAGACCACCACAGCCUCUGAACCUUGGAAUAGUCCAGACACCAGGGCGGAGUGGGAGCAGCAUUAUAGCGAACUGUACUGGUAUUACUGGGAACAGUUUCAGUACUGGACAAGUCAAGGUUGGACUACUGAGAGCUCACACGGUGACAGUGUGGAAGCUAAUGGAGUUAACCAGGAGAUGGGUCUUUCGGGAAGAAUGGACUUGGUUAGCCCAGGGGCUGAACGCAGUGAAGUGCUGAGCUUGGAGAUGUCUCCCUCUAACACCAGAAGUGAGGAAACACUCCCUUCAGGUGCUGAGCUCCAUAGUGAAAUAAUCUCCGGGAUUUGUAAUUUAAAUCUGAAUUUGGAGGAGGUGGAGCAGAGCAGCGCAGCUCUAACAGUAGCUCACCAAAGCCCUCAAGAACAUAGUUCGUCUGACUGUGAAAGCCAGAAGGAGCCCUGUGAUGGAGGAACCAGGAAAAGGAGUGCAUCUUGUGAAAAUAAAAGUAUUAACCAGUCAGGUUCACGGGGGUCGUGUAGCUUGAAUUCAAAUAACAAAGAGCAGUUGCUGCUUCAUGACCGAGAUGAAGAUGAGGAUGAAGAGCCUCCUGAAUACAGACAUGCCAAAGUCAAGAGAAGCCAUGAACUGGAUGUCGAUGAGAACCCAGUGGAAGAUCCUGAGGAAACCUGCUCUGUUUUGGGUUUCAAGUGUGGCACAGGACAAAAAUAUGGUGGAAUUCCAGAUUUCACCCACCGAAGUGUGCAGUACUUGGAGAAAAAAGCGAAGCUCAGGUCCAAAUUCUUGGAUAUGCGUAAACCAAGGAAGAGCAAAAACACACACAUCUUCUUUACAGAGGAAUCUGAAACGUCUUGUAAAAAAAGUAAAACUCUGAAGAAGGUGGAAGAGUUCCUAAAGCAGGUCAGUAAACCUGGGGAGGAAGCCCCAUCCCAGACAACCUCCCCUCAGGGUAAUGUGGAGGCAUUGUUGGUGAGCAGCGACUCAGAGGAUCAGGAAAACAUUACUGCUGCACAGACUGCAACACUGAACACUGAAAAACAAAAGCCACCAUCUUCCAGUGCGGCCUUCACAGAAUGUGGAGGGAGUAACCUUGAGGAGGAAGCGCAGGACACGGCGGCGAACAGCUCCGAUGGGCAGGGUGCAGGGAGGCAGGAGCAUGGCUGUGGGCGGCAGAUAGUCUCUCUGGAUAUUCCUGAUUAUCUCCGGGCAGAGACAGAGGACAUCAACCAAGCUGUAGAUGAAAAAAUGACUGCAAAGAAGAAGGAGAAAAAAAGGAGAAGGAGGAACAAAAUGAUGCUGGGAGCUAUACCUGCUGAGAUUGCUGCCGAUCCAGAGUUGGCCAAGUACUGGGCACAACGCUACCGGCUGUUCUCUCGGUUCGACGAGGGAAUUAAACUAGACAGAGAGGGUUGGUUUUCUGUUACUCCUGAGAAAAUAGCUGAGCAUAUUGCCAUCCGUGUUAGUCAGUCAUUCAACUGUGAUAUCAUAGUGGAUGCAUUCUGUGGUGUUGGAGGAAACGCUAUUCAGUUUGCGUUGACUUCAAAAAGAGUGAUUGCUAUCGAUAUUGAUCCAGAGAAGCUCAGUCUUGCACGCAACAACGCGGAGGUGUACGGCGUGGCAGAUCAGAUAGAAUUCGUGUGCGGAGACUUCAUGGUGCUGGCCGCUGACCUGCAAGCAGAUGUUGUGUUCCUCAGCCCCCCCUGGGGGGGGCCUGACUACGCCACUGCCGAAAUCUUUGACAUCCAAACCAUGAUUUGCCCAGAUGGAUUUGAAAUUUUUAGGCUCUCCAAGAAGAUCACCAACAAUAUUGUGUAUUUUCUGCCUCGGAAUGCUGACAUUGACCAGGUGGCUUCCUUAGCAGGGCCAGGCGGGAAAGUUGAAAUAGAACAAAAUUUUCUCAAUAACAAACUGAAGACAAUAACAGCUUAUUUUGGUGAUCUAAUAAGGCAUGACAUCUCCUGAACUCAGUGUGGAUUCUUCCCAAACCAACCUCCCUGACUGCUGCUUUGCUUAAGCUUUUGUACAGCUGGCUCGUCAAAAACUACUUGCAGCCGUUUUCCACUUUAAGUUUUGUUUAAAAAAAUUGUUGUUUAUUGCUACUGUCAAUAAAUAUUUUAUAAUAACUUUGGCAAAAUUCUAAAUGUCGAGUAGCUGUCAACAUAGGAAAAGAGAUCUUUAUAAAAUGCAGUCUUGCGAGGUUCAAGUCCAACCAGUUGAAGGGGAGUUCAGGAUUUCUUUGCAACUCUCACGUGUGCUACUUCUGUACUUGCUCGGAUUUCAAGUGUUCAGAGGGUCAAAAAGAAUAGCCUGAAAGCCACCGUGUGUCAAGAACUGCUGUCUGUGCUUUACAAACAAAGGCAUCUGACCAUCUGGCUCCAUGCUCGCUGGGAAACCUUUUCAGCUUUGCUUUGUCUUACAGUGAGUACUCUGGCUUGUUGCAGGACAGGGAGAGAGCAAGACGUGUUUGUGUCUGGUGACACAAACCUCUACCCUCUGGGUUUUGUUAUUUAUUUUAUAUUUUUCCUCCUUGCUAGCCCUCUUAUUUACAAAGAUAUCUUGAAGAAACCGUCUCAUUGGAAGUUUGUCUCAGUGAACAGAAGGGUAUGUGUCCCCUGUCAUUUUGAGGCUUUUUGCAUCAUUGCACAGGCUUCAGGUAGAGCAAGAGGGAGCCCACCUCUCCCUGGUGAGGGCUUUCUGCUCUCACUUGGGGCUUGGCAGGGAAGAGUGGCUUUUAGGCCUUUCUCCAGCAGAAAAUGAGGUAGGUGAGAUGCGUCUAGGGUGAGAUGCAUCUAGGGCAUAGAUAUGUCACUCUCACUGAAAUGCAUUUGUGGUAAGUACCCAAGAUCAAUUUUGAACCUGUUUUUCAGGUAAGAGUGUAGGAAAUAGUUUCAAAGGCAAUAAGUGCUGCUUCUCCUCUGCUUGGAGUGCAGCAGGACACUGAAGGCAGCAGAGGCUACGCAGUAAACUGUGCAUUAGUGCUGACAAACAAAACUCUAUAGAAUAACUGUGUAGCAUAACCAAAUAAGAGGUUGGUUUGGUUCUUUUCCCCUGUAAGGAAUGAAAUUGAACUCUUCAAAUCAGUUAGGAGACCAAAGUAUUUGUGUAUGUAUGUGAUGUUAAAGAACACGUAUGCAACCUGACUUGGUGCAAGUUCACCGUACGGUAGAAUAGCACUUGGGACAUCAUUUUUUUUUCUAACUUGACAGUCCAUCCAUAGAAUCAUAGAAUCGUUAAGGUUGGAAAAGACCCUUAAGACCAUGGAGUCCAACCGCUACCCUAUCACUGCCAAGUCCACCACUCAACCAUAUCCUCCAGUGCCAGACGAGUGCUAAGCUGUUAAUGGCCAUUCCAUCCAUGCUUCAUGUAUGGUAUUUUAGAUUACUUUGAAGAGAAUUUGACUAAUUUGUAUCAUUGCAUUUUGCUGCUGUACUACAGCAAGGAGGAAGUGCUGUGAUAGUGCCAGCCUCUGUGUCAAUAUUUAAAGGAAAUUGUGAAGGAAAGAAAUUCUCUGCUCUUCAGUAUUCCGUAGAAUUUUGCUACUAGGAGGCAGGGGAGGUUGGCAAGAGUGCUGGUAUUAUAGGAGGUCCAAACCUACUGAGGCAGUGGCACAUGUAUGUAAUGAUGCUGUUAACUUUUCGCUCCAAGCUCCACAAAAAAUCCAAGAGUCAUGAGGCCAAAUGAAGAAUAAAUUAAUACUGUGAUUGUCACAGUACUCUCUACACUAAAAUUUUACUGUAUUGGGCUUAUUGCUGCAUACAGAGAUUGUUGUCUUAUUCUUUUGUCCUCUUUUCCUCCCUAAAGUUAAGGAGUAGCUUCAGAAGCAUUUUGAGAUCUUGCCAAUGCUGCUCCUGUAAAAGCAAGCUCUAUGGGGGAAAUACCAGUGAAUUUACUUUUACCUUCAGGAAUGUAAUCGGAUUUUGUUCGGUGCCCAGUAUGCAAAAUGUGGAAGCUGAAAUUUGACAUGAAAGGUACGACAUGUACUGGUUUAAUAUUUAUUUGCAAUAUAACGAACCUGCUGGUUAAAAUGAAUGAUUUAUCAAAGGUCUCUGCUGAGCCUUGCAAGCACAUGAAGCACCGCAAGUAGAAGAAUAUCUUUCAUGGCUGUUCCUCUCUGUAACCAACAAGUACAAAAGGUUGGGGUUUUUUUUCUUUUUAGUUAAACAAAACUUGAAGUCAGAAUACGCUCUGCUGGGUUGUGAUAAAUGUUUGCUCUCAGCUUCCCACUCGGACAGAACAGGUGAAGUUCCCCAAGGCUGCGAAUCAGUCUGUUAAGCCUAAAAUACAUCUACGAGUAUUUUUACUUUGUUGUUAGUAAUUUCAACCAACAAAUACUUCAUAGAGGACAGCUUCAUUCAUGAUACGAGCUUCUGUAAAACGUUAUUCUGUUUUAUACUGUAGAAAUAAAGUUAAUGCGGGCUGAGAUGCAGUUAAAUUUCUGGACUACGCAUGCCCAGAGUAUUAAUACUCUUUUGGGAUGCAAGUGGUAUUCUGUGUAUGAUAUGUUAGACUAAAAAGAAGUUACAUUGCUACUGUGAAGUGGCAAUGCUCAUAGAGGUUUGGUCUUUUACCAAUUUUAAGCCACAAAAUAAGCUGUCGGAAAAAUGCAGAUUUUUGGGGGGAAGUUAACUAAUAUUUGGACUAAAUGCAAUAAAUAUAUACUGCUUUAUACUUUC